AAAAAUGCUCACGUCAUUGUCUAAAAAUAGUUCAUUCCGGCUGUAAGUGCGUAAGAACUCCAUUACCCACAAGCCCCUCGCGGCGAUUCUAUUGGUGGUGGUACAGGUGAUCGCAGACGCUCGGAGCGGUGACAACAACUCGACGGUAAAAAAAAAAAAGCACGCUGCGUAGCAACAUGUGGAAGUAUCGAGAGAAAUAAUCUUUUUGGGGGGGCGUUCAUUUGAUCAAAAACAGCACUUUUUUGGUAGUUUGUCGCUGAUGGCUGCCUAAGGAGUGCACAAGAGAAGUGUUUGCGCGUUCUUUUCCCGAAGCUACUUUUGACUGCCUGUCUGACCUUCACAGCUGAGGAAGUUGCUUCACCUCUGACAAAAGUAGGAGUUGUGAUAACUGAAGGAAGAAAAGGGAAGUGAUGCACUGUAUUUUGAUUAUGAUGCUUAUCUAUUGUCUUUCCUGUGCCUUAAUGGGCUUUUUAUUUUGCUUUUUAUGGCCGGUUAAGGCAGACGAAUUCUGAUGGCCUUCAGAAAGUUGGCAACUUGGCAGAAAUGUUCAUCUUUAUGAUGGCAAUUUAUAUGAAGAUGCACUUUUUGCACUCUUUCACCAACCUAUAACAUACACAUUAAAAAUGUACAUUAGGCCUCAUUAACACUCUAUUAUAAGAAAUCUCCUUUUAAACCCAUAUUUCAUAUUUAAAAUAUAUAUACAUAUACAGUAUAUACAUAUACUGUAUAUACAUAUUUCCUUUCACAUAAUUCUGUGCUGCUACUCAGUAUCUCACCAUGGUCUGUUGCUUCCUUGCUUUCACUGCCUACACUCUUCAAAAGUUGUUCUGUGGCUUGUGUGCACCUGUCGUGUUCCCCAUUCAAACAUGGAAGGCGGGGGGCACCAGAGUACUUUGCGUUGGAGAUUGAAAAAAUAAAGAAAAAUUAUUAUCUGCUAGGGCUGUCAAAAAUAACGCAUUGGCGGCAGUAACUAAUUUAUUCCAUGAAUUACGUUACAUAUUUUAGUGUAAUUAGCGCAUGCGCACCAGAGCAAGCACACCUCUCUGUUGUGACGGCAGACGGAGCACAGUCUCACAGAGUCUGACGCUCUUUUAUAACUUCAGUCUGACCUGAACACAUCAACAGCAGUACAAUUCCAUCACCCUGUAUUGUAUCUCCAACUAACACAUGUCUCGAGUCUGUUCAUCCUGGGCACGACACUUCCUCGUUCUCAUUACAAGAAUGAGAGAUGCAUUCAAGGACACUCCGAACAUCACAGAAAUGGCUUUAUAAUGUGUGUGUGUGUGUGUGUGUAAAUAAACAGGAAGCUAAAGAAAAACAUGAAGUAUAUAUUCUUACUACUGAAAACAAGUAAAUUUAACUUAAAUUACGCGAUGAGCGCAACCCCUCAUUGGUCAUAACAUUGCUACUAUUAAAAAGACUAGUGUUAGACAAAUAGAUUUUUAGACUUGUGUAGUUGUAGCUUGAUUGACAUAUUGUGCUCAUUUGGAGCUGUUAAUACAUACAAAUAUAGAUAUACUGUACUAUAUAAUCCUGUCCUGUCAUUUAUCUUUCUGUUAAUUAAAUACAGUACAAAUGGGCAUAUUUCAGACAUAGUAGAUAAUGGUGAGUCAUCAUGAUUAAUUAAUUAUAAACUGUGUUUAAUCGGAUUUAAAAAUGUUAUCAUUUGACAGCCCUAUUAUCUACAUGUUAAGGAUACUGUCGCUCUUUAGCUCCAAACUACACUUCUUUUUAAAAACAAAAAAUACAAGAACACCACCCGGCUAGCAGAUAUUGCAAAUAGUUGUUAAAAGAACAGAUCGAUCAAGCACAUGUCUAUGUUUGUCACCAUUUGAAGUUACAACUGUCCCUAAUGAAAUAAUUGCCGUUCAUGGCUUUCACUCACUGCUGUGUCAUAUACGUGCACAUGUUCGUUGCGUGCACACACGCAAAAGCAGUCCCUUAAAGGAAUGACCAUGUGGUUAUAAAAGGCAUACAUUCAAUGAUAGCUAAUGUUAGUAGCUAAACUUUGCCAUAUCACUAUUGAGAGCUGACAACAAACAUAACAAAUACGUGUGCGUGUGUGUCACGUGGGUCGUGGUUUACAGCGUCGGAGCAGGAAGAGGGCGGAAUAUACAGUACACAUUUGAAAGUUAGCGCCCUCUCAUCCAAUACCUAACCAAGGCAGACAGCACCUUUUUAAAGGCAAAAUUGUCUCUGAUUUGCCAUUAAGACUUUACAUGGUUGUGAAAAGGAAAUUAUUUUAAUAGGGAAAUGAUAAGAGGUUAUGAGUAGCCUUCAAUUUAAAUGUGAUCAUCGAAAAUGUCUUCAGACUUUAAAAAAACCCCAAAACAAAUCUAACAAUGUUUGGGAAACAAACACAAUAGUAAAACAACAACAGCAAUAGCUAUAAUAUAUUCAAAAUGUCUCCUCUUAGUGGAGGAGGCUCAACAUCCCACACUUUCAAAACCGCUGAUUAUACAGUACAAUUUGCAUUUUGUAACCAAGCUUCUUUUCUGUCCUUUCUGUCCUGUUUGUGUUUUUUUUUCGUCUCCUCCAUCUUCACUGUCAUCAUGCUUCAGCAUCCAGACAUGUAGUCAGCAGCAGAGGCAGAGCGAAUUCCUGUUUGCAAACUAUUUUCCCUCUCAAACAAGUUUACACUACCUCUCGGACUGGACUGCAGUACACUGACUUCGUCUCGCCCUCCCCUGCCCCCUCGCCCUCCAGCAAUGGCCUCACGCAUUGGUCUGCGGAUGCAGCUGAUGCGAGACCAGCUGCAGCAGGAGGAGCAGCGUGAGCGGCAACAGCAGCAAAAUGCAGCCCUACAAUACAUGCAGCAUCGAAUGGCUGCACCACCUGCGCCCAGCGCAGCAAUUAGCGCCCCGCAGAACUACCAAAGCAUGCAGGUCCCCGUGGAGGUUCUUAAGGUACAGACCCACCUUGAGAAUCCUACAGACUACCACAUCCGUCAAUCUCGGAGGCAGCAGGUGAAAGAGUACCUCUCCACCACCUUUGCCACCAAACAGAUGGUUCACGCUGUAGCCGGGCCGAUGCCACCAUCUCCUCCUGCAGCCAUUGGGCCCACGGGGGGCUCAGCAUCUCUACCCCCUCCACUCCAGUCUCCACACAGGCGCGCUGAGCAGCUCAUGAGUGGCAACAGUGCACCCAACAGCCCUAUGGCCAUGCUCAACAUUAGCUCCAGCCACGAGAAAGAGAUGGAUGAUGUCAUCGAUGACAUAAUCAGCAUGCAGUCUAGUUACGAUGAUAUCCAGGCCUACAUAGACCCCAUCCAGAUGCCCAACACGCUCCCCUUGUCCAGCAGCCACCUGGAUGUGUACACAGGUCCUGGGAUGAAGGGGCCAGCCAUUGCAAUGACAAGCAACUCCUGUCCUGCCAACUUGACCAUCAAACGGGAACUUUCAGAUGCAGAAGCCCGUGCCCUGGCCAAGGAGAGACAAAAGAAAGAUAACCACAAUCUAAUUGAAAGAAGACGGAGGUUCAACAUCAACGAUCGUAUUAAAGAGCUUGGUACAAUGAUUCCCAAAACCAAUGACCUUGAUGUGCGCUGGAACAAGGGCACCAUACUGAGAGCGUCUGUGGACUACAUCAAACGUAUGCAGAAGGAUGUACAGAGGACCAGAGAGGUGGAAAAUAACUUUAAAAGGAUGGAAAUGGCCAACAAGCAGUUGAUGCUCCGCAUUCAGGAGUUGGAGAUGCAAGCUCAUCUGCAUGGACUACCGAGCACCUCUCCGUCUGGCAUCAACCCAGGUGACGUGAUGGCCCCAUAUAUAAAACAAGAGACCAGCCCAGAGGAGAACCUAUCCCACUCCCAGGCACAAGCUCCACACCAGCACCUACCCCAAAACCAACCUCCACCCCAUCCUCAGCAGCACCACUUCCUCCUGCAACCCCACCUCCACCCACAGGGCCAGGCUCAGCCUCAGCCUCCCAGGCAGAUGACCAUGCUCCCCCAGCACCUCCAGACACCCAUCCAGUACCCAGCUGUAGGCAGCUCCCAGCCCUUUGACUUUGCCCAGUCGCUGGACUUGUGCGACGGGAUGCAGGCGUUCUCAGACGGCAUGUCAGGGCUGGGCGACCUGGGAGGACUGGACAUGCAGGGCCGCAGAGGAGACAUGGGUUUCCUGAUGAUGGAUGAGCCCUUGUCCCCCAUGGGCGGGGACCCUCUGCUCUCUACCAUGUCCCCAGAGGCCUCCGUCGACUCCAGUCGCAGAUCCAGCUUCAGCAUAGAGGAUGGAGACAUAUUGUAGACACAUGUAUGCGCACACAGACACACACACACACACACCUGCAAGCACACAUAUUUUACCACUAUGGCAUCUUCACAAAGAACACGUGCCCCCCAAACAGGUACAGAAGCCCGCAUUGCAUCCUACAUACACACACAUGCUUGUUCUACAGUGAGAACACUUUACAUGAUCCAAGGAACUUUUUUCAAGGUCAGAAAGUUGUACGGUAGGUUGUUCCCAUGAAGGUGGUCAAAGGCCUGAACCAGAAAUAAGAAGAUAUGUUGAAAAUCUUGUGCCAGAUGUUAUUCUCACCUUCACCAUACAUAUUAAUGAAUGAUCCGGAAUCAAACAGAAGUAGCUUCACGGUCCUGCACGUAUAAUUUAGUGUAAAGUGAUGCUGCUCCGUCUCAUUUGUGUGUCGGUCUGUGUGUAAUUGCACAGUUUGUUGUCACUGUGAGCACGAUUUGGGUGGUGUUUGUUGCUUUAAGCAUGCUAUACUUAGGGUGUUCUCGUAGUGGCCACAUUUUGGGAGACGUCGAAAUGCACAUCGUGGGGCAUUACUGGAACUCGUCUAACCUUUUUACUUUUUGUCAACUCACACAUCCACCCGUAUGCCACUUUCUGCACCUCUUGUUUCUGUUAGUGCGCUGACUGCCAUUUAAAACCAUGUCAUCCACAUCGAUCAUACUCAGGUACUGUAACAGAAUUCACAAGCAGGGUCAUUUGAAAUAUGUAUGACAAUAGUUUAUAUACUGUAAAUGUUUUUUCCCCACAUUUUGUCAAUGGUGGAAGCCAAGACAGAGUGGCUUUUAAUACUGUGGAGAUGAUUUACAGUAAGAUACACUCACAUUCGCUUCCUACACACACACGCAGCACCUUGUUCAUUGAGGUUGUUUUCAAAUCAACACACAACCAACUGUGCUUUACUUGACUCCCUCUUUUCUGAGCAGAGUGACGUUCACACGCUCAUCCAAAGCGCAUCUUUUUGUCCGCUUGCAUCAGAUUGUCAUGGCAGUUUGGGGCUCGUUGAUUAUGAAGAUAGGAAACCAAAUUGUUGGUGGUCUUCUUCCUUGUAAGUAGGGAUGGGCAUGACUGCAUUUCCUCGAUUGACUACGAGAGGGAUUAAUGAUCAAUUCAUCGAUUCAUACACAUCUUUUAAAGAUGAUUCCUUUCUGAAUGUUCUGAACUCCCUUUUUUCACGCCGGUGUUCAUAUCGACAGAGUAUUGCGUCUAGCAGGAGUUGCGCCACUGCAGAGGUGUACAGUACCUCCUCAUUUCUUAGUACAGCAAACUAGUUGAGUCUGAAUCAACAGUGCGUCUGCUGGUUGCAGCCAAGUACUGCGUGCCAUUUUGCUUCCAUUCAAGAUCAAUUUCACACAGUUGGCCGAAUUGGCAAUGAUCAAUAAAUCGAUAAAUUGAUUAUUGAAAUUAUGCCUAUCCCUAAUUAUGAGACGUGUUUAUUGUAGUUUGUUGUUUAUUUAAUCUCCCAAAGCACUGGAAACUAUAUUAUUCUUUAGACUUUGUACAAAUAUGGACUAUUAUUAUUAUUUUUUAGCUGUUUCAUGCCACAAAGCAGCCUAAAAGUAUUUUUUUGUAUUUGUUGUUUGAGUUAAUUUACUGUUUUGAAACGACCCCCUUUUUCCAAUUUAAGCCCCCAAUGUGUCUCCUGGGACAUUUGUGAAUUUAACGGACUUACUAUAAUGAGGAUCAUGUACAUUUUUGAUGCCAUUUUUUUUUUAUACACAAUUGGGCUUUUGUCGUCUUCAUUGUUAUCAUUCGAAGCCAAACAAUAGAUGGCAAGUGAUUUUUUUGGCAUCUGAUUGAAGUCAAGUUUCUCAUAUAUAAAGUUUACCAGUGUGUCUGGUCAGUGAAGUCAGUUUUGCUGUGCCUCCCCCCUCCCUGCUCUUUUCCUAUCUGUGGUUUCCAUGGAAACAGGAAGAGGACUGACUUCAUGUCAGCUCUGUCACAUAUCACUGACUGUGCUUCUGUUUGUACGCCACACUUGUGCCUUUUUGCCAUUUCAACCACGGUUAGACUGUUGUUGACAAGCCUGCCAACACUCCAAAGAACAGCUCUCCACCCCUCUUCUCUUCCACUAGAGGGCGCCCUGGAGAGCAGCCUGCACAGGAAAAUGUCCUGAUUUUGAUUAAGUUAUAAAGUGUUUUACCAGAAUCCAUUAAGUUGCUUCAAGUGUUUUAUUUGUAUGAUGAGUGUGUGCAUAUGUUUGUGUGUGUGUGUGUGUGUGUGUGUGUGUGUGACAACUAAAUUAGUUUAGACCUUUCCAACUGUUUGGGCGUAGGGUGAGGCAUGGAUGGACUCAAGUCUACAAGUAAAUGAUAAUGUGUGCCUGUUUGCACGUACGACCAGUCAAAUGUUUGGACGCACUUCCCCCUGCUAUUGAAUAAGAAAGUGUGUCCAAACUUUUAAGUGGUACUGUAUGUUACUGCUAAUUACCGUGGAACUUCUCAAGUCAAAAUGGCCUACAAAAAGGUGCUGCUUUACAUUCAGGUAAUGUGCCAAAAAAAAAUCCACAUUUAGUCGAAACCUACUAGGGUUCUGUAGCAGGACAAUGAUCCAAAACACACCAGCAAGUGCACCUCUGAAUGAAACCAAGUGAAGACUUUGGAGUGGCCUGACCUGACCUGAAUCCUAUUGAGAUGCUGUGGCAUGACCUUAAAAAGGCGCUUCAUGCUGGAAAACCCUCCAAUUUAGCUGAAUUACAACAAUUCUGCAAAGAUGAGUGGGCCAUAAUUCCUCCACAGCGCUGUCAGAGACUCAUUGCAAUUUACCGCAAACGCUUGAUUGUAGUUGUUGCUGCUGAGGGUGGCGCAACCAGUUAUUAGGUUUAGGGGGCAAUCACUUUUCCACACAG